ACCAAUCACCAAAAGAGCCCUUACAGCAGGAGUCUUCAGUAGAAGAGCUGCAGUCAAAAAGGCAGCCACUCAAACAAAAUUCUCAACAAUAUCUAUUGAAAAAAUUGGAAAGGAGAGUAAUGGACCUGGAAAAAGAUAUAAGAAUUAUUAAAUUAGAUAUGCGGAAAAUGGAUGAAGAACGGGCGAGACAAAGACAUCGAGAACGGGAAAGAGAAAUUGAACGUGAGAGACAAAAGACGAAAGAAAUGCAGAAGGAGUUAGAGAGGGAGACCGAAAAAUUGAGGAAAAUGAGAAAAGAAUAUUAAUUUAUCAUAAAUUUUGCAUUUAAAAAA